GACGGUAACGGUUGACGUUUCUCUGAACGCAGCCCCAAAAUGAACGAAGGAGUUGCCCUCUCAACGGCAUCAAAUUUAUGAGCACCCCAGACUACAACUAGAAACCCCGUCUAGUUGAAGGCGGCUACGUAUAAUCAGGUCCAGAAUGCAUGCUGCCGACCCGACAAGGUUAGAGUGACUUUUCCCAUGCUCUGAUUAAUUAGAGGUUUAAUUAACCCACGGAUGGACCCGGAGCCCGUCGGCUGAAACAUCAUUCGCAUCGGUGGUGAGACAAGGCGGGGACCGCUGACAGGCUGAGCCGCCGUGAUGGUGGAGCGGUCGGACCGAGCUCCUCUGCUGGACUGGGAAGAGGUUCCGUCCGCGGAGAAGCCCGGACUCGCACACGACAAGGACCGGCUGUCGAGCCCCUCAAACAGCCGCGCAUUAGGAUGCACCGUGCCGGGUUUUGGGUGGAGCACCAGUCCGGGGGGUCCCAGGUCUGUCUCCGACACAGACAGUGGCAGCGCCCCGCCUGCGACCUCCAUCACCCCUGCGGGCACGGAUGCUCCGUGUCCCGACACAGACGAGCAUCCCUCGGGAUCAGCACCCGGAGAGGUGUCGCUGGAAAACAGGAUGGUGAAAUGGGAGGAGAAGGACCAGAUUGUGUCGGUCUUUGUGGUAACAUUCAACACCAGAUCAGGUAACAUGUUAGAGUGGUGUCUGCCCAGGGAUAUGGACCUGGAGGGAGUUGAAUUCAAAGCCAUUGCCAGCGGCUCUCACCGAGUCACCACAGACUUCAUCUACUUCCGGAAGGGCUGCUACUUCGGCCUGGCCUGCUUUGCCAACAUGGCGGUGGAGAGCGCGGUGGAGAGGGGGGCGAGGAUGAAGUCGGUGGGGAUCCUGUCCCCCUCCUACACCCUGCUCUACCGCUACAUGAGCUUCCUGGAGCACCAGGUCAGGCUCCAGCUCCAGUCGCCGGGCCACUACUCUCCCCUGGAGGCCUUCUACGAGGACAAGAGAGCACUUCUGCCCCCCAGUGGUGAAGGUGUUGUCACUGCAUGUCCAGCCACUGCCUGGGGAGCCACGCUCAACCACAGCAUGCACCCUGAAAUGAAGAUCACGCACCCGGCAGGCUGCAUGUCCCAGUUCAUCCGCUUCUUUGGGGAGCAGAUCAUGGUGCUGUGGAAACUGGCUCUGCUCAGGAGACGCAUCCUCAUCUUCUCCCCUCCGCCGGUGGGAGUGGUCUGCUACCGAGUGUACUGCUGCUGUUGCCUGGCAAACAUCUCCAUCCCCGGGGUGGGCGUGGCCGUGCCGGAGUUCCGCCCCUUCUUCUACGUCAACGUGGCCGACAUCAGUGCCCUGGAGAACGAGCUGGCCUACGUAGCGUGCACUACUGAGAAGAUCUUUGAGGAGAAGAAGGAUCUGUACGAUGUGUACGUGGACAAUCAGAAUGUAAAGACCUGCAGAGAAGGCCUGAAGCCUCUGCUGCGCCUCAGCGCUGCAGACAGGGACAAGUAUCGAAAACUCACUGAGCAGAGGCAGAUGCUGCUCUACUCCCAGGAGGAGAACGGAGACUGUGUGUCCAGCGAAGAGGAUCUCUUUAUUUUGUUUUUCCUGGAGCAGAACAACAGGAUUUUCCAGACCCUGAGUGAGGUGGCGGGGAGCCCAGAUCCCACCCUGACCCAGGAGAGCGUGCGGGCCAUGGGCCUGGACCCCCACGGAGACAGGCUCUUCCUGCUGCACCUGCUGGAGAUCUACGGCUAUGACACCCUGCUGGUCUCAGACCAGCUCUGCUGCAGCUGAGAAACGGCGGCCUGGCUAUCUGCCUUUCAUCACUACUGGCUUUAAAAAGGGAGGGGGGCAAAUCUGCCCUGAGCCACUUCCAGGUUUUGGCUUCUUGGAGUCUUAAGGACUGCUAGAGCCUCCAGGAUUUUCCGUUGCAUAAUUCUCAUUGUAUAGAUCCGAUCCCUGUAGUUUUGUUUUUCACUGUGGCUCUGCUCUCUUAAACUCGUGGAAAGAGUGAAGAAGACAGGAUUAAGGCCACUGUCCUGUGUUAUGAAUAUGAGUAAUUCCACUUGAUGCAGCCCGCCGGAGGCAAACCCACCCUUAAAAUGGAUUACUCAUGCUUAGCCGACUGAAACUGAGUCCUUUCAGGCAGCCUGUUGGAGAAGACCGCAGGAUUUUGAGGGAAGUGAGAAGUCACCUGUGUUUGAAGGCCAUGGCUAGCAGGUCCAAACCCAAGGGUGUGGUAACAGUUCACAUCUUAAACUACUCUGCUGGAUCCCUCACACAUCCAGACAGGAACAAUACUCUGAGAAAGUGUUACUGUCUCUGAAUCAACAGAGUGGAAAACUUGAAGGACUAAACGAAAGGGGCUGUGAAACUAGCUCUUUUUAAAAUUUCUCCUCGGCGUUCAUGGAUGUUCAACAUGCACUGUUAAAACGACAGCCUUCCUGUAAAUAAUAAUCCCAUUUCGUAAUUUAUGUGCUGUGUGUCGGCAUGUGUGUGUGACAUGGGAUCUGCCUUUUUCCCAGUCGCUAUCCUUGUGUUGAGUGCUGGAUUUAGACAUUUUCUCAUUUUUGAAGUGUCCCAGAUCAGGGCCUCCUUUCCCGAAACUGAACAUGUGUCAUUAGUAGCAGGUCAUAGUUUUUUGUUUUUUUUUACGAGCGGUUGUGGUUGUUGAAAGCAUUGCUGUUUAAGUGGCACUUAAAACACUUGCAGAUAACAGGCAGUAGCCUACUGACCUUGCCUGAAGCAGCGUCAAGUGAGCAAUAGAAGAAUUUUGCCCUAGCCAGUUUUCCCACUUUGUCAAGAAUAAAAUAAGCAACAGCUUUGGCCUGAGCUGAGCUUUGACCAAAUAAGAUUUUCAUAAUGAUGUCCCAACAGUUUGUUGAGGCUGACCGCACACAGCUCCGACUGUGUGUGGCACACAUCAGAUUUAUGUGUCCAAGUUCAGACAGCUAGAGGCAUUUGACACACCGAAUUGGAUUGCAUCUGCCCUGAAUGUCAGCUGGACCGCUAGUUCACAGGAAUAAUCUGUUACAUAAAUAAGCAGCAGGUUGACCUCGAUGUUCAUCUUAAACGUCCAGUUGUGUUUUCAGCGCAUGAAUCCACACAGAAAAGACAGGCCUUCAGGGAAUGAGCUCCGAAGUUGAGAUGAUCCCUUCUAGUCGCAUACACUGAGUUGUUUGGAUGAGGUUUUUACCAACGGAGAGCCGAUAUCUUGAGAAAAGAUCUCAGGGAAAUAGUUUGGAUGUCAAUAACACUGCUCUGCUGCAAUGUAUCUCCAUUUUGAAUUUAGAUCGCACUCAGGGCAGGAAACUCUACUCAGAAGACUGUCAAUGAAAAAUUAGAAUUAUUCAACAUGUGAACAGAGACUUAAACUAUAUCCCCCUGGGGUCUUGAGAUCCAUUUGUUUCCAAGAUGUUUUUCUGAUUUAUAUGAUAUGAAUCUCAGUACACGACAGUCGGGGCUGGACUGUGUUUGCUCCUCUGGGUAAAGUUUCCCACUCUGACUUUGAUUUUAGUUCAAAAUGAAUAAAAACCAUGGGCUGAGCAGCAGUUUUAAGGUAGUGACAUGUGUUCAAGACGUGUCUCCCCUCCCAGGUUAAGUUUAGAAAGACGAUAUCCUGAGUACUUAAGAAAAAAGCCCUCUGAAAACAUCUUGUCAUGCAAAAGGCCCCGGUGGUGUGACUGCAUCAACAACAUAAAUCCCAAACUCAUCUGACAUGGACAAUUCUGUCUCUUUAAAGGAGCGCUAAGCCAAAUUAAUUUAGUUAUGGUUUACACCGAGUUUAAGCCAAAUGUGUGAGAAGAAGUACUUUUCAGCUCCUUGGACAGCAAAACACUGUUUUGCACUUGAGGAUCCAACUUUCCUGUCCUGACCCGAUCUUCACUUUAUGCCACAAAUAAGAGACAGCUCUGAGAGGCACAGGAUCCCAUGUCAUCGGGGAAUGGGGCCCGAAUCUUAAAGCAGGACGUUCUGACUUUUCAGCACAUAUAACUCCGUAGAUCAGGAACAGUUCAGCAGGUCAGAGGGGAAGCAGACAGUUGUUGUGUCGGCACAGCGGAGAUGCCGAAGUGACAGUCUUACAGAAACUGCCUGAAAUCCUUUCAAUCAGGGAGCCUCAGGGAACAGACAUGAGAGAGCACGAAGUGAUGUACUGGCAGCCUGAUCUGGCAUUUCAUAAAAUGAGCGCAAUAUCUUAAAAUGCAAAUAUAUCUUCCAUCCAUACAAAGAGAGAAGAGAGAGGUGUGUGUUUUCCCUAAUUAACCCAAGAGAACGCAGGUUUUCACCCCAGCCGAACAGUACAUCCUGUGGUUUAGAUGUAAAUUGAUGGGCAGCUUCUGUUUUAAGUGUGUGUGGCUUUGAAAAUAAUUCCUAUGGUAGCAUGUAGGCUUGGGCAAGGUACAAAAAAAAAAAUAUGAAUUGUUGGUACAUGACAAUAUUUUGAGGGUGUGGGUGUUCACCUAACCCAACAAAAAAAAAAACACAAACAAAUCAAUUGUAUUUUCUUCUAAAUGCUUCAAAAAUUUAACUUAAAUGUUUCUAAUACGUGAACUGCACAAAAAAAUUGUCACAUGAUCAAAAAUUUCUAUGCACAUGAUUACUUGUAUGAUAUUGUGGAAAAUAUAUGGCCGCGAAUACUGCAGUAUUCAAUGUUAUUAGAUAUUGGCCCAAGUCUAAUAGUGUGAUGCUGAAAACUGGCAGAAGUCACUGAACCACUUUGUGAAUACGGGUCCCCACAGCCUCUGGUGUUACUAGCUGACUGCUCAUGAACUCCAAAAGGUACAUGUGCUAAAAAAAACAAAACAAAAAAAAAACAAAACAAGAAAGCUUUUUAUUGCGGUAGUAUCACUUUUUGUGGAUUGCAUUACCUCUGAGAAUCCAGUUCAG